AUGUUCACACAGGAUUCAUCCACUCUCCCAGCUGGCGCUUCAAUAUUUCGCGUAAAGGAUAAGAGACCAGCCUUUGCACAGGAUGCGUUGGAGGUAUGCCACAAGAUCAUCACUGCCAUGUACUGGGAUCUCGAUACCAUCUGGAAGCUGCAACAGCUUGUUAGAGGAACACCAUCUCAAGAGGAAACACAGGCUUAUCGAAUCCACUUGGAGUCUAUGAAGUCCUUCUUGGACCAUGCAGCAUCUUACAAAUAUGCUUACAUCUUCCAAUUCAUCACAGGAUCAUCUUUAGAUAUCAAUCGGUGUCUCUCCUUCCUCUUCGACCAUGGGUGGGCCUUUUUCACCAUUUGCGCCAUGUCUGAAUCGUUCCGAAAGGCCUUUUGCGGGAUAGAGUCUGUUUUCUGCUGGAACGAGAUAAUGAAGAUUAUCUCUGCUAACCGGCGGAGUAUCGAGGUCUUUAUACGAUCUCCACCCCUCCUGCCCUACCUCGAUCUAAACCUACCGGGCAUUUGCCAGGCAGUGAACGCAAAGGUAAACAUUGGCACCGAACAUGCUCACCAUACAGUCCAAAUGACGAGUAAUUUUCUGAAGCGCCCUAUUCAUAAAGGCAGAGCGCAGGCGAAUAUUAACUCGACCGUCUAUAAGGCUGCGAGUUACAGGCAUAUUCCUCUCUUACGCUUACACUCUGUCGGGCCCUGUGCAAUCUGCAUCUGCGAGCGGAAUUGUUCAUGCCACAACUUGGGCGGGUUGCCUGGUUGCCCAAGGUGCCAUUGCCCAGAGGUCUGUCGGUGCAGUAACCCAGACUGGGUGACCUGCUUUAGCUGUGGCUCGCAUGAAAACUGUCAAUGUGUUCUCAAUAUUAUGGCUGGUGAUUUGGUCGAACUAAAAGAGUACCCCGUCAAGGGAACAGGAGUCCGGGCGUUAACUAACCUGAAGAAGGGGGACGUCCUUGGGGAGUAUGUGGGUGAGUUUCUCCCCAAAGGCCACAAAUGUACUGACGAGGUCUAUGCCCUAUGGCAGGUAGGAUUCAGGGGCAUGUGGUGUUUGGAAGACCCUGGUACACAGCCAGUUGGCACUAUAACAUCCGCCUUUCUUGGAAAUUGGACUCGAUACAUCAAUCACCACUGCGAAGCUAAUUGUGAGUUUGUGCCGAUAAUGAUUGGCGGCAGAGCCACAACCAUCGUUCAGGUGAUUCGUGACAUCCCAAUGUUUGAUGAGCUUACCCUUCACUAUGGGAUCCUUGCGGCUCUUCGCGCCCGAGGCAGUCGUGGUGCCCCUGGUUUCCCACGCCCCGGGAGGAAGCUUCUUCAGAUUGUUCCUCGGAGGAGCUUGUUAACAAAUAGCUAUGCACGAGGACCGUCCACUCCGCCCUUGUUCGAAUCGACUGUCGGUGAACAUUUUGCGAAGAUCGUGGCGGAACAUGGCGAUAGAACUGCUGUCGUCUCAAAACACCAGAAUGACCGUAUAUCGUAUGCCUCGCUCGAUGCCAGGAGUAACGCCCUUGCCCGCGGUCUAGAGUCCGUUGGGGUAAGGAAGGGGGAUCGUGUCGGGGUUAUGCUGGGAAACUCGAUGGAAUAUGCGGUGGCAACCUAUGCUUUGUUCAAACUGGGAGCUAUCUUGGUCCCCCUCAAUCCAUCGUUCAACGCGACACAAGUGGUAUCGGCACUGGGUCACCUCGAAUCCAGAUAUCUAAUCAUCAGCGCCGAGUCAAAUCUCCCUCGCAAAGAUCCUCGCAGCAAUGUCCCGCUCCUGGAGCAUCUGAUCGGCGAUCUCUCGUCGUCGAAGUUGGAAUCAGAAUCAGUCCCCUCACUGAAACAGAUCAUUCUGGUUGAUAACUCUGCGGGCCGAUUUGAUGCAUCUUCGUAUAAAGCCUUGACACCUUUCGCAUCGAUAAUGUCCCAGAUGGCGGCUGACGGCCGCCCAUUACCUCCACAAAACCUCUCUCCACACGACAUUGUCAACAUCCAAUUUACUUCUGGCACGACUGCCAUGCCGAAGGCAGCUUGCCUGAGCCAUCGUUCCAUCUUGAACAACGGAUCACAGAUCGGCGACCGCAUGCUCCUGACUCCAAAUGAUAUCGUCUGUUGCCCUCCACCAUUGUUCCAUUGCUUUGGCUGUAUUCUAGGAUAUAUGGCAACGGCAACUCAUGGCUCCGCAAUUGUCUUCCCAUCCGAGUCCUUCAAUGCCCGUGCAGCACUCAAGGCGGUACAAGAAGAGAAAUGUACUGCACUAUAUGGUGUUCCUACAAUGUUCCUGGAAGAAUUGAACCUUAUUGAGACUGGAGAAAUCUCGGGCGACGGCUUUCAAUACUUGCGGACGGGCAUCGCUGCGGGCAGUAGCAUCCCGGCAGAGCUGAUGCGGAAGCUGCACAGGGUCCUCAACCUCACAGAAUUAACCAUUUGCUACGGCAUGACUGAGACGAGCCCUGUUUCGGCGAUGACGACUACCGAUGAUCCGAUCGACAAAAGGAUCAACACUGUUGGAAGACUUAUGCCGCAUGUAGAGGCCAAGGUCGUGAACCCAACCGAAAAAUCUCAAAUCCUCCCCGUUAAUAUGCGGGGUGAGUUAGCUGUCAGUGGGUACCUACUUAUGAAAGAGUACUGGAACGAUCCAGAAAGGACAGCGGAAGUGAUGAUUGCGGAUGGCGAGGGAAAGAUUUGGAUGCAUACCGGAGAUGAAGCCUCCAUGUCGGCAGACGGCUAUGUGACUAUCACUGGUCGUAUCAAGGACUUGAUUAUCCGCGGUGGAGAGAACAUCCAUCCAUUGGAAAUUGAGAAUUGUCUACUCGCACACCCCAAUGUGACCGAUGUUUCUGUUGUCGGGGUUCCAGAUGAGCGAUACGGCGAGGUUGUUGCUGCUUUUGUGGUCGCGCGAGAGCAAGCUUCCAAGCCUCCGACCAUUGAAGAGAUCCAGAAUUGGGUUCGAGAAAAGCUGAGCAACCACCUAGUACCCAAGUAUGUCUUCUUUCUGGGAUCAGCAGAUGCCUUCCCCAAGACCGCAAGUGGGAAGAUUCAGAAGUUCAAGCUCAAGGAGCAGGCUAUCAAACUAGUGGCGAGAGGGAAAGAAGCCAUCGCAGAUACCUAG